AUGCGAGCAGUAAUUGGUCAUUGGAGAUCCCUAGGAAUUUUUUGUGGAAAUCAUCUGGACGAUAUGUGGAUUAUGCACCCAAAUCGAGAAAUACUAUUAAAUAUCCGAAAUUUAAUAAUUCUACCAGAUUUAAUGAAAUAUGGAUUUGUACUAGCCAAGAAAAGUCAAUUGGAACCAACACAAAAAGCAAAAUUUUAUGGAUUGAUUCUAAAUACG